AUGUCUCCAAAGACCGUGAUAGUAACAGGUGCAAACCGCGGCAUCGGCCAAGCCAUCUGCAAACUCAUCCUCCAGCGCUCAGAUCUCGGUCCUCUACGUCUCUACGCUGCGUCAAGAUCUGGAGCUAAACUGGACCUACCUUCGAGCAACAAAGAUCAGCAAAUUCUGUUCCCAAAGCUCGACAUCACCAGCUCAUCAAGCAUCGCCACUUUCGCCGACGAUGUCAAGUCAUUCGGGAACGCAGUCGAUGUCCUGAUCAAUAACGCUGGUGUCAAUCUCGAUAACGAGUACGGACCUGAGAAUGCCAAGAGGACACUUGAUGUGAACUACAGAGGCACGCUUGAGGUAUCCAAUCCCCCUAUCCGUGUCAUCGUUGCCAGCCUGCUGAUCCUGUCUGCCGAUAAAGAUGUGCCAAACCUUCAUCCCUUUGAUGGCAAAACAGGGCCGUAUAGUGAAUCUCUCCUCCGUCGCCUCGUCCCUCAAACCCUACAGCUCAGCAACGCAAGCCCGCUUCCGACAUCCCCAAAACACACUCGAGGACCUAGACAAGAUCGCCGACGAAUACCUCGUAAGCCAACCCCAAAAACCAGUCUCUCCAAAACCAAUCAAAUUGAUCCACCAAGCUAA